UUUUACUUUAACAGUCAAUCAACUUCAAGGAAGUACAGAUUACUAUGCAACAUGUUUAUGUGGAAUGUGUAAUGUAUUGUAUGAAAGAAAAUAAAUAAUUUGUCUUAAGAAAGGAGUUGAAUGUGUUGGAUAUGUCGCAUUCGAAUAAAAAAGAAUGGGUUGUGUCAAUAGUCGAACAGAUAUUAAUGAUUUACAUCCAAAUGUUUUUCAAGUGAUGAAUGUAGAUGAUUUAGGUAAUUUAAUUACACCUGGACGUUUAGAAGUUACAGAAACUGAUAUAAUACUUUACCAACGUGGUAAACAACCUAUUAAAUGGCCAUUACGAUGUUUAAGGCGAUAUGGCCAUGAUGCUGAAAUUUUUAGCUUUGAAUCAGGAAGGAGGUGCUCUACAGGACCAGGCAUUUAUGCUUUUAAAUGUCGUAGAGCUGCACAUUUGUUUAAUCUUGUGCAAACAAAUAUUCAGGUUUGUAAUAAUAGUGGAGAUGAUACAAUAUCCAGAGAACUUCCAGUUGCUUCUCAUUCUGGUCCUACAGUAACAAGAGUGACAAUACCAGUUGAGCCUAACUAUUUGGAUCUCAUAUUAAAUAGAACUAAUAAUCACGUGGGUCCUAGAUUUGCACAUAAUCAACAGAACGGAGUUGGAAGAUUAGAUAGUGUGGGAAGUAGUACUGGUCUUAUGUCAUCCCAAGGAAACAUAAGUUCUCCUACAUCACCUCCUGUGUUACCACCACUACCACCACCACCACCACCACUACCACCACCACCACCACCACCAUUUCCUCAACCACAUCCGUCCUCACUUUAUGUGAAUGAAGAAAUAUUGUCUUCUCUAUCAUUAGAAAUGGAACAUAAUAACAACAAAAGCCUUAGAAGUGCAAUACAGAGAUCUCGUACAGUCAGUAAUUCUAUAUCUGAUAAUGGUUCAGCAUCAUUAGAACUGACAUCUAUAUACAAAAGUUCGGAAGUUACUUCUCAAAUUAAAUCACCACUCUCAGUAGCAACUUAUAUGAAUGUAGACAUUAAUACUGAUAUUGGUCCACUUUCUCCAAGUCAUAGUAUUUCUGAUGCAAUGCAGUUUAAAGAAGAUAAAAACGAAAACAGUGAAUCUGGACAUGCCUACAUAAAUAUAAGUCCUGGUCAAGAAUAUGCAGAAUUUCUUGGUGUUAAAUCACGACCAUCACCAUUGUUGUCUAUUCAAUCUGAUGUAGAAGAAACAACAAGACAUUGCUAUGCUAAUUUAGAACCAAAUGAAAUUGAAAAUUUAAGAAAAAGAUUUUCUGGAGUAUCUGCUCCAGAGAAAUCACCUCUGCCUCCAUCAACACCACCAGGUGGUUCAGGUAAAGAAGUAAAUUAUGCUGUAUUAGAUCUGGAUACAAAGGAUGUACCAAUGAAUUCACCAUUAGAUGGUCCUUCAAAUUCUACCACAUCUCCUCCAGAAUCUCCAAAUAAGAUACAAAAAGGGUAUACAACAAUAGAUUUUAAUAAAACAGCUGCUCUUUCUCAUUCAGUCAACCCAAAUCUUGUAAAUGAUAAUGAAGGUUCGAGGAAAACACGUCACAAUUCUACAAUUAGUGAUUUAGCCUCUGGUAGACGUAGUUCAUCUAUAAGUGAAUAAUACAUUUUUUGUUUCCUGACUGUGCCUACAUAAUAAAUAUUUGUAGCAUUUUAUAAAAAAUAUGAAAUAAUACGCUUUCCUUUUUUAUUGAAUUCUAAUAUUGAAUACUAUAAAACCAAAGAAGAAAUAUUAAAUUAGUUUGUAUAGUUUUUGUACACUAGUUUUGUACAAUAUUAAAUAUUAAACAAAUGAAAUUUUUUAGUAUGUACAACACAUUUAAUUAAAAAAUCGUAUUUCACGAUUUGUUCUACAAUUUAUUAUUCAUUUGGUAGCAUUUACUUUUAUAUAAUGUACACAAAGGACAUCACAGUAUUUUUAAAGAAUAAGUCAUUUUCCAAGUGCUAUUAGUAUGCACAAAGGAAAAAUCUCUUUUAUAUGUAUAAUAUACAAAUGUGUUUAUAAAACAUUGUACGUAAAAUGAUUUUUCAAAUUGACUAUUGUAGGGGAAUUGGAAGCAGAAGUGCUCUAAUUUUCAUGUAUCAUAGGAAUUGAUGAGGCUCAAAUAGACUAACUGAAAUGAGAGUUUAUGACGUGAUAAUAUAACAGGAUGAUGAUAAAAGAAUAUAUCAUUUUAAAUGACUACUUUUAAAGUAGUCAAUUAAAAUUUAACUAUGGCCAUAAUUUGGAGUGAUUUUGAUAUAAAUGAUAGAUAUUUAUAGUAAAACAUUGCAUAUGUGUGUGUAUAUAUAUACAUAUUAUACAACACAGGUAUUAUAUAUACAGGUAUACACACGCGCGCGCACACACACACACACACAGAUCCAUAUGGAGUCUAGUAUAUAAUAUUAUA